AUGGCAGCUUAUACCUGGAACUCUGAACCAAGUGAUCACCUGUCACGGUUCAACCGAGUCAUGACAGUCAUGAGGGUCAGCCAUGACGCCAAGUGUUUGUGCUUCCCGCUUACUCUAAGCGGAUCCGUGGAGGAAUGGUUUAAGAAACUGGAACCAGGAUCUGUGGAUUGCUGGAAUAAGUUGCAAACCAGCUUCCAGAGACAAUUUGUCGCCGUAAGGAAAGUCAAUUUGGAGGUCACCGCCUUGACUAACACCAAGCAACUGCCUAUGAAGACACUGAAAAAUUUCAUCAAGAGAUUCCGGGAAGAAGCCUCUAAAACAAAGAAAGUAGAUGACAGACAGCAGCUUGCUCUUCUCCAAGCAGGCAUUCGUACGGGGACUCCAUUCUGGAACGAGUUACAAUAA